AUCCUAAUCUUUUUUCUUCUUUGAAAGAGCUCGCGUGUCGAUAUAUAUAUUUGGUUUACUUCUAAUCCGACAUACAUACAUAAGUGAUCUAUACGUAUAUAACCUAAAAGGACAAAGGGCUCGUCAGGCAUCAUCGAGAUUUUGUAUCACAGCCUAAACUGUAAAAUUCGCAAAUAAAGGAUGUCUUCAGUAGUGUCUCCAAAAAAAAUGACGACUGAAUCGACCAAGUCGACAUUAGUAGCCAUUAAACAGGCAGACGAAGAAAAGAAGCAUCAUCUAGUAUUGACUGGCUCGGCGGUGUCUGAAACGCUCAAAAGAUCAGGGCUGGACAAGAACCUGUUUAAUCUUCGCCAAUUGAAUUAUCUGAGCAUAACGCGAACAUGCCUUCAGAGCGUGCCGGAAGAAAUUGGUGAAUUGACAAAUCUUACAACUUUGAUAUUGCAUUCGAACGAGAUCGCCGAAUUACCGAGCUCGAUCGACAAACUAAUUAAUCUGAAGGUGUUUGAUUGCUCAAGAAACAAAUUGGCCUCUUAUCCACAGCAAUUAUGUAACUUGCCUCAGUUGAAGAUAUUGAAUCUCGCCUCGAAUCUUUUGGAAUCUAUACCAUCGUUGCGUAAAAAUGUCGCAUUGAGCGUGUUAAAUAUAGGGAACAAUAAGCUGAAGAUCUUUCCCGACGUUUGCUACGCAGAACUCAUAUGUCUGUCAGAAAUUUAUGUCAAUAAUAAUAAGAUAAAGCAAAUUCCGAUUACUAUAAAACAACUUUCAGGAUUGAGAGUUUUAAAUCUUGAGUGCAAUUUAUUUGCAGAUUUACCAGCAGAAUUAACAGAAAUUAAUCAAUUAGAGCAGCUACAUCUAAUGUCUGAUGAUAACACAGAGACCUCAUGUGAUUGUGUUAACAUUGCAACGAAAAUAUACAAUCAUCUGGAAUUAUCAAACAUUGCUCAUCAUUAUACAAAUUUAAAGAAGAAUAAUCACUUUCCUUCUUGUUUUGAUCUAAUGCAUUUAAAAAGACCUAAAAUAGUAAUUGAAAGAGUAACACAUAAUACACCAGCGAUAGAAGUUACAGAACAUGUAUAUAGUGUCAGACCUUUUAUAGCUGCCUGUAUUUUAAAAAAUAUAAAUUUCACAGAGAUAAGUUUCAAAAAGUUUCUUCAACUGCAAAUAAGAUUACGUAAUGGAAUAUGUGAAAAUAAAUAUGCAGCUACAUUAGUGACUCAUGAUAUGAAAUUUAUAGAAUCUGGGAAUCUAACAUAUACAGCAAAAUCAUCUAAAGAAUUAAAAAUUCAACCUUCAAUGCGUAAAAAGAUGUAUACAGGAAAAGAACUAUUUGAGAAAUUGCAAGCAGAAGCUGAAAAUGUUCGCAAAAUAACAAAACAAGAUGUAUAUCCUGAAAGAUAUAAAUAUUUAAAUUUGCUGAAAGGUAAAUCUUUAUUUCCGUGUCUGUUGGAUUAUUCAGGAGCAGUUUUAUCACUUCCACCUAUUAUCAACAGUAAAAUAACUGAAGUCUCUCUAUCCACUCAACAAAUGCUUGUGGAAGUAACAAGUGGCUCAUCAUACACAAUUUGCAGGAAUAUAUUGGAUCAAUUCUUGAAGGAAUUGUUAAUCUCAGAUAUCAUCGAUCCAAAAUUGAAAGAAACUAAUGACUAUAACUCUAUAACUGUUGAACAAGUCAAAGUAAAAUUUAUGGAUAGAAAGCAAAAAGUGAUAUAUCCUUCAACAAAAGAUUUCGACGAAGAUUUCAUGAAAGAUCUCAUAAAAGUUGUUGUAGAACGAGAAAAGGAAAUUCGAUAACUGUAAUUUUGCUAAAAUUUUGAUUUAUAUAUAUAAUUUUGCAUGCUAUUUUAAAUUCAAUUAAAAACAAAAGUAAAAAAAAAGAUACACGCACAAAAGAGCCUUAAUACAUAUAUUUGUAAUCAUACAUUCAAAGGUCUUUUGUGUGUGAAAGUGUGUUUCAAUGUGAAAGAUUUAAAUAAAAAAUUU